CUGCUCCCCCUGGUCAGCCUGGAAGUCUGGCUUCCAGUCACCAUGAAGGCUCUCCUGACUCUGGGGCUUCUGCUCCUCUCCAUCACUGUCCAGGGCAAGGUCUUUGAAAGGUGUGAGUUGGCCAGAACUCUGAAAAGACUUGGGCUGGACGGCUUUCGGGGAGUCAGCCUGGCAAACUGGGUGUGUUUGGCCAAAUGGGAAAGUGGUUAUAAUACACAAGCUACAAACUACAAUCCUCCAGACCGAAGCACUGACUAUGGGAUAUUUCAGAUCAAUAGCCACUACUGGUGCAAUGACGGCAAAACCCCAGGAGCAGUUAACGCCUGUCGUAUACCCUGCAAGGCACUGCUGCAAGAUGACAUCACUCAAGCUGUGGCAUGUGCAAAGCGGGUUGUCAGUGAUCCACAGGGCAUCCGAGCCUGGGUGGCAUGGAGAAGCCAUUGUCAAAACCAUGACCUCACUCAGUAUGUCCAGGGUUGCGGAGUGUAACUGAGGAGUUUUCCUUCUUCAGCUCAUUUUGUCUCUUUUCAUAUUAAGGGAGGAGUCGUUGAGUGAAAGGUCACACCACCAUUCUUUCAAACAAAUAACAUUUUUACAGACGCAGGAGCAAGAUAUGGUCUUUCUUCUAAGAGGCUUAAUGUUGACUAAUAUGUUUAUUAUUUGAUAUGAAGCCUACAAUCUUUUCAGUUUGCGAAUAUACCUAAUGCUGGUCACAAUUUAUCUAAAAUCUUGGUUAUCAAAUACAUCUCCAGGACAUUUAGUUCUUAACCAAAGAUUAAUCCAGACUUAAUCUUGAAUGAUACAAGUACACCCCAGUCGUCCAUAAAAACAGUUAUAAAAACAGUCAAUACCAACAGACUAUAUGAGAACAAAUUGAUCUUAGGCAAAAUCCCAGCUGUGGAGGUAUCUGAUGCCCUCAUCUGUUCAGCCAUCUCCAAAAUCAGUCAAAAAUAACCUCUCUUUGUAGGACGAUAUAAUAUCUUAAAAGUAGCAGAAUGCCUAAUGGCUAAAAAGGGAGACAGCCUGAAUUAAGAAUUGUGUUUUCACAGAGUGUGACCUUUGGUUGAAAGGUUUUCUUAGAGAUGUUACUUCUAAAUAGCUUUAAAAAUAAACUCACAGUGCCAGCCCCAUGGCAUAGUGGCUAAGUGCACCUGCUCCACUGCUGGAGGCCUGGGUUUGGAUCCCGAGCGUGCACCGAUGCACCGCUUGUCAGGCCGUGGUGUGGCAGCGUCACAUAUAAAGUGGAGAAAGACGGGCACAGAUGUUAGCGCAAGGCCAGUCUUCCUCAUCAAAAAGAGGAGGAUUGGCAUGGAUGUUAGCUCGGGGCUGAUCUUCCUCACAAAAAAUAAAUAAAAUAACUCACAAUUUAUAUAUCCAUCUAUUUCGCCCUUUAAAGAGCUCUUUCAUGCAUCUUAGUGACCUUGAAGGAAUGUAAAGGAUUAGAUGAGCUGUUGCCGUUGCUUGAUUUCAUUAGCUUAGAUUCACGCAUUAUGACUAAAUCUGGAGGCAGAUGAGUUUGCCACUAUUGAAAUAAUUGCUAAUUAAGCACGGGUGUGAAAUUAUGCAUGUUGUAAAAAAUACAAAGAUUGUCAUUAAAGGCUUUGCAACUCA